AGAAACGAAUUCUGGAUCGUGACUUUGGUCUGGUCGCAGCGCAGUAACCCCCACCUCCCCACCUCGGAUCCUGCCGAUCCACGGCGGGAAAGUCGUGCGCUUGCGCACUAAGCAUCCCGUUCGGUCUCGGGUCUGAGAGAAGGGUCCUUCCCCGCUGAGCUCGCGGCGGGUGCUCCCAGAAGGAUCCCAUACGUUCUGCCUUCUCUUUCUCCGCCCGCCGCCGGUGUAUUCUAGUUUUCACAGCUCCUUUGCUCCCACGGUGGACAUGACCCCUUAGCUGCGUUUUGCAUCCCAGUUGUUUUGUGAUGGAGGCAUCUUUGGGGAUUCAGACGGAUGAACCAAUGGCUUUUUCUCCCCAGCGUGACCAGGUGCAGGCGGAUGGCUCAUUAAAAAAGCAUGAGCAGAAUUUUAAACUACCAGGUGUUAAAAAAGAUAUUGAGAAGCUUUAUGAAGCUGUACCACAGCUUGGUAAUCUGUUUAAGAUUAAGGACAAAAUUGGAGAAGGUACUUUUAGCUCUGUUUAUUUGGCCACAGCACAGUUACAAGUAGGACCUGAAGAGAAAAUAGCUCUGAAACACUUAAUUCCAACAAGUCAUCCUAUAAGAAUUGCAGCUGAACUUCAGUGCCUAACAGUGGCUGGGGGGCAAGACAAUGUCAUGGGAGUUAAAUACUGCUUUAGGAAAAAUGACCAUGUGGUUAUUGCUAUGCCAUAUCUGGAGCAUGAGUCCUUUUUGGACAUUUUGAAUUCUCUUUCCUUUCAAGAAGUACGGGAAUAUAUGUUUAAUCUGUUCAGAGCUCUGAAACGCAUUCAUCAGUUUGGUAUUGUUCACCGUGAUGUUAAACCCAGCAAUUUUUUAUAUAAUAGGCGCCUAAAAAAGUAUGCCUUGGUAGACUUUGGUUUGGCCCAGGGAACCCAUGAUACCAAAAUAGAGCUUCUCAAACUUGUCCAUUCUGAAGCUCAACAGGAGAGUUGUUCACAAAAUAAAUCCCAUGUAAUCACAGGAAACAAGAUUUCCCUGAGUGGCUCAGCAGCACCUCAGGAGCUGGAUCAGCAGCCUACCGUGAAGACCGUGAAGAGGCCCUACACAAAUGCACAGAGUCAGACUAAACAAGGAAAGGAUGGAAAGGAGGGAUCUGUAGGCCUUUCUGUCCAGCGCUCUGUUUUUGGAGAAAGAAAUUUCAAUACACACAGCUCCAUUUCACAUGAGAGCCCUGCAGUGAAACUUAUGAAGCAGUCAAAGACUGUGGAUGUACUGUCUAGAAAGUUAGCACCAAAAAAGAAGGCUAUUCCUACAAAAGUUAUGACUGGUGGUGUAAUGAGGAAAACUGCCAGUUCUUGCCCAGCUAGCCUGACCUGUGACUGCUAUGCAACAGAUAAAGUUUGCAGCAUUUGCCUUUCAAGGCGACAACAGGCUGCCCCUAGGGCAGGUACACCAGGAUUCCGAGCACCAGAGGUGUUGACAAAGUGUCCCAAUCAAACCACAGCAAUUGACAUGUGGUCUGCAGGUGUCAUAUUCCUUUCUUUGCUUAGUGGGCGGUAUCCAUUUUAUAAAGCAAGUGAUGAUUUAACUGCUUUGGCUCAAAUUAUGACAAUUCGUGGAUCCAGGGAAACUAUCCAAGCAGCUAAAACUUUUGGCAAAUCAAUAUUGUGUAGCAAAGAAAUCCCAGCCCAAGACUUGAGAAAACUCUGUGAGAAGCUCAGAGGUAUACAUUCUAACACCCUCAAAUUAACAAGUGAUGUGCAACGGCCGGCUGCUCAUGACCCAGCAUUUUCAGAGAAGACUGACCAUAAUGUUUCUCACCUUACACAAACACCUGAAGUGCAGCAUCCCGGGAAUUUGUUGUAUAAAGACAGUAAUGGCUGUGGGGGUAGUUUGAAUACAGAUACUACCAGUUUAGAAGGCUGGAAUGAGGUACCUGAUGAAGCUUAUGACCUGCUUGAUAAACUUCUAGAUCUAAAUCCGGCCUCAAGAAUAACAGCUGAAGAGGCUUUGUUACACCCUUUUUUUAAAGAUAUGAACCUGUGAUUAUCAUUCUUUAUUUAAUGUUUGCUAUUGUAUAUUGUGAGAUGGGGUGAAAGAGAGUCUUUUUAUAAUAGCCUUAAGUUCUUGAUUAGAGACCAGGGCAGGAUGAAUAAUUUAUUUUAAAAUUUUAGUAUUUGCUCUUUGGCAGAUUCUGAAAUAUGGACUAAGAACAGAGAUGCCUGGGAUAGUUCUCCGGGCUGAUUACAUGACCUUUGAGUCAGCUGUAUCCAAGUAGAAUUAGAUCUCUAGCUUUCCUAAUUACUUGUCACUGCCAUAUGCAAAGAAAGAAGCUGUUUUAGCCUAGUACACAGAGGUUUGAGGUAUAAAUCUUAAAAUGAAUGGAUGUGAUCAGCAAAUGAGUCAAAAGACUUCCUUUAUUGAUGACUAAGUUAUGUGUACUUUUAGAAAAAAUCAACCUGGUGUUGGUGCUCUUACCAUUCUAUAGGUAAAGGAGAUCAUUUCCUCUUCUAGAGGCAUAUAUUACACCUUUUAUGAACACUAAACUAAUGAGAAAAUAAACUAAGUGGUAAUACCACUUGAAAUUGAAUUUAUCCAUUUUUUAAAUGUAUUUUGUUAAAGCA